UAUUGUAUAAAUAGUAAACUUCAACGCGUUGAUUUUUGUUUAGUGGUUAUUUUCUUAUAUUUUAUUUGUUAUUAUUAUAUGUAAAUAUUGAAAUAAAAUUGUCGAAAUGUUCGACUUAAAGGCCUGUAUUGUGUGUUUGAAAAGUGAUGUGAAAAUUUUCAGUAUGAAUAUAGACCAAUUAAGAAACGAAUACAAUUUAGCAUCAGGCUUAAAGACUCAUAGUCGUAAUGGUCUACCAGAAUACUUGUGUUAUCAGUGCGUUGCGUAUGUUAGAAACUUCAAAAAGUUUCGUGAUAAAUGCCAAAGAACAUAUUAUGCACUACAAGAAAUAUUACACAAAAACCAAGAGAUAACCACAUGUAUAAUUGAGGAAUUAAAUUGUAAUGUGUUAAAUAUAAAACCAGCUCUGUCAUAUCUCGCUCCAGAUCACGUUAGAACAAGCUAUGAAAGUGUUAAGUUUAAAUGGGUUAAAGAUAAUAGAGUAGGUAUAAAAAACCAAGAAAAAAUACCUGUCGUACAGUAUACGACAAUGUCUGACGAUUAUGGUUUUUUAAUACCUUUAGAAACGUCUAAAACAACAAUGGAAAUUGAUGAAAAUGGUGUAAAAGAGGAAGGAAAUUGUAUACAGAGUUAUGAAAAAAUACUUGAACCAGAAAACAUAGUUAUAGAAUCAGUAAAACAUGACGAUAGUUUCUUUGAUAAUUUUGACGAUUGUGAUGGCGACGAGAAUGUAUAUGAAAAUCAUGUACAGCCAGUAGUAGAUAAACAAAUUGACGUAGAUGGAAUGAACUUGGAAGAGGAGUAUGCAACUAUGGUACCAAUAUCAAUGAAAGAGGCUAAAGCUGUCGUAGAUGUCUACAAAAUGUUUGCUCAUGGCAAAUAUCAGUGUGAAGUAUGUAGGAAGGCGUAUUAUAAUGAAAAUCGACUGGCUGCUCAUAUGAGAAUGCAUGACAUGCAUACAAGUGGAACAUUUUUCUGUGAAUUGUGCAGUUAUUAUUAUAGAACAGAAUUUCUUCUAAAAACACACAUGACUGAGAAGCAUAUGUACAAGUAUUUAUGUAAAAAGUGUCCUGAAGUUAGUUUUGACAGGACAUCAGCCAAACAGCAUUUUAUUUGGAGUCAUCUUCAAAAAGGUUCAAAAAAAGAUACUAGUUGGUGUGAGACUCACCCUUCAGGGGUUACUAAGGAUAGUAAAAAGAACAAACUGUUUAUACGUCCUAUCACAAAUACGAAAAAGCUACCUCAAGAUUUUCCAAUUUACUCUCCGAUAAGUCAAGAAGAACAGUAUGCUUUGGUUAAAGAUAGACAAAAGACGAAAAAUUAUAUAGAUUCACCAUACAAGUGUGAAUUUUGUUUUAAGGGUUUCAGAGAAUCGGCAACAUAUGAAAAGCACAUGAAGAAACAUGAUCCUGCCAUUUCUGGAAAUCUCCAAUGUGAUACUUGCAAAAUAUAUUGCCCGGACACUAGAAAAAUGUAUAAACAUAUGAAUAUGAGUCACUUGUUCAAAUAUUCGUGUCAAAUGUGCAGCUACGUUUGCUUUAGCAGAGGUCAAGCUAAACUGCACUAUCAAUGGCAUAAAAAUGUUACAUACACUUGUCCUCAUUGUAAAAAAGAAUUUUCCAAAGCAUCCACAAGACUGACCCACAUACGUAUAAAGCACCCAUCUAUGAAUAUUUGCAAUUUGUGCGGACGGAGCUUUGUCAGCGUCACUGGCUUGUAUUGUCAUAAGAAACUAGCGCAUAGCAAGGAGGUUAGUGAGGUGGAGCAGGGCCCGGCGGUGGCGGACCCCGCGCACCCGCUGUACUGCGCGGAGUGCGGCAUCCAGUUCCGCGACGACGCCGCCUUCGCCACGCACUUCGGCGCCUCCAACAAGCACGCCGACACCCACCUAUCUAUAAAGCCGUCGGAUCAGACAAAGAGUCGUAGAGGCCGCCCGCGGCUGACGAACAGCGGUAUUGUUAAUACUGGGACACCUACGUCUUCUAAAUGCGAAAUCUGCAAUGAAUACCUACCCAACGACUUGGAGACGCGAAGACACUACGACGCGGAGCACCCCGGCGCGCCCUACCUCAAGCGGUACAUGUGCGACAUCUGCGGACACACUACACGGCAAUACGCGAACCUGACAGUGCAUAUGCGUACGCAUACGCGUGAAAAACCUUACGCGUGUCCGCACUGCGAGCGACGGUUUAGUAUGCCGAGCAACCGCGACCGGCAUCUUGUCGUGCACACGGGCGAGAAGCGCUACCAGUGCCAGCACUGCAGCCGGCGCUUCACGCAGAGCAGCGCCGUGAAGCUGCACAUCCAGACGGUGCACCUGAAGAUCCCCUACGCGCCCUGGGACCGCAAGAACCGCCGCCCGCGCGCGCGCGCGCCCGAGCCGCGCCCGCCCGCGCGCAACUACCUCAGCGCCUACAUCACCUACAACGAGUGA